AUGGAGCGAGGGGAGGAGGACGAGGGUGGCCCCAGCGGCCCCCAUCCCCGGCCGGCUGCUGCCAAGGCGGAGCCGCUGAGCCUGGAGGAGCUGCUGCGGAAGAAGGAGGCGGAGCGCGCGGCCCAGGCGCGCCCGGUGUUCAUGAGCAAGAAAGCGCGGGAGGAGGCGGCGCUGGCCCGGCGCGCUGAGGAGGCGGCCGCCGCCCGCGCCAGGAAUGCCGCUGUGCGCGCUGCGCUGGCCGGUCCAGCGCACGACGACGGGCCUCGGCCGGAGGAUCGCGAGCGCGAGCGCCGGCCGCUGAGUAACAAGGAGCGAGAGGGCCAGGCCCACAAGGAGGAGCGGGAGAGAGAAAGGGAGCUGGAGCUGAUCAAGCAGCAGUAUCUGGGCACGAACAAGCAGAAGAAAAAGGUGCUGAAGGCCACGGAGCGCUUCAAGUUUGUGUUUGACUGGGAUGCCAAGGAGGACACGUCGCGGGACCUGAACCCCCUGUACCAGAACCUGCAUGAGGCCAAUCUGCUGUUCGGGCGCGGGUUCCGCGCCGGCAUUGACCGGCGGGAGCAGAAGAAGGCUGCAGCAGGCCAGGAGGCGGAGCUUCUGCGCUCCCUGCGCAGCCGCACGGGCGCUCGGGAAAGCGUGGCGGACCGGGAGCGGGACGAGACGCGCGCUGCCGACGCGGAUCGGUACGAGGGGCGCGACAUGGCGGUGGACUCGCACUGGUCAGAGAAGAGUCGGGAGGAGAUGACGGAGCGCGACUGGCGCAUCUUCCGCGAGGACUUCAGCAUCGGGUACAAGGGCACCAAUGUACCCAUGCCCCUGCGCAACUGGGAGGAGGCAAACUUCCCGGAGCCCUUGAGGAAGGCGGUGGAGAGGGCGGGGUACGCCAAGCCCUCGCCCAUCCAGAUGGCUGCCAUCCCCCUGGGCAUGCAGCAGCGAGACGUCAUUGGCAUCGCAGAGACGGGUUCGGGGAAGACCGCCGCAUUCGUACUGCCUAUGCUGCAGUACAUCAUGCGUCAGCCCAAGAUGCUGGGCAACCCGGAGGUGGAGGCGGAGGGCCCCUACGCCGUGGUCCUGGCCCCCACCCGCGAGCUGGCGCAGCAGAUUGAGGAGGAGACGCGGAGCCUGGCGCACUUCACCGACUUCCGCGUGGUGUCGGUGGUGGGCGGGCAAAGCAUCGAGGAGCAGGGCUUUGCCCUGCGCAAGGGCUGCGAGAUCGUGGUGGCCACGCCCGGGCGCCUGGUGGACUGCAUCCAGCGCGCCUACGCCGUGCUGAACCAGUGCAACUACGUGGUGCUGGACGAGGCGGACCGCAUGAUCGACCUGGGAUUCGAGCCGCAGGUCAUGGGCGUGCUGGACGCCAUGCCCUCCACCAACCUGAAGCCGGAGGGGGAGGAGGAGGUGGUGCUGGAGGCGGACCGCGUGUACCGCACCACCUACAUGUUCUCCGCCACCAUGCCCCUGGCCGUAGAGCGCCUGGCGCGGCGCUACCUUCGCAGGCCCACCGUGGUGAACAUCGGCACCGCGGGCAAGGCCACCGACCUGGUGACCCAGCGCGUGGUCAUGGUCAAGGAGAACGAGAAGCCCCACACCCUGGAGCAGGAGCUGGAGGUGUUGUCGGACGACCAGCGCAUCAUCGUGUUUGUCAACACCAAGCGGCAGUGCGACGCCGUGGCGCGCCAGCUGGACGGGCUGGAGUACCGCUGCACCCUGCUGCAUGGCGGCAAGACCCAGGACCAGCGCGAGGAGUCCAUCAAGGGCUUCCGCGAGGACAAGUACAACGUGCUGGUCGCCACCGACGUAGCAGGGCGCGGCAUCGACGUCCCCAACGUCGCGCUGGUGGUCAACUACGACAUGCCCAACAACAUCGAGGCGUACACGCACCGCAUCGGGCGGACGGGGCGAGCUGGGCGGAAGGGCAUCGCCGUCACCUUCCUGACUCUGUCGGACACCGAGGUGUUCUACGACUUCAAGAAGUUCCUGGAGGACAACAAUGCCCCCGUUCCCGCGGCGCUGGCUUCGCACGAGGCGGCCAAGGCCAAACCGGGGGCGGUGGACACGCGCAGGAGCGCAGUCCAGUAUGCCAAGAAGUAG